ACAGGACCUGAGAAAUCUCAGUGAGAUUUGAUUAGUGAUGAUCAUCUUGGCAGCUCGGUAGGUUGAAUGUAUGAGACAGUACACUGUUAAAUGUAAAACCCUGAACAGUGUCGAUGAUCAGAGGGAUCUUAGACUCCAAGUUCAUCGCUCCCUGAAAGAGACUGCACAGAUUGAUGGGGUGGUUAAGAAGGCAAAUGACAUACUUGCCUUUAUAAGUCAAGAUAUUGCAUUCAAAAUUCAGAAAGUUAUGUUGCAACUUCAUAAAACUCGAGUUAGGCCACAACUGAAGUAUUUCCUGGAGUUCUGGUCGCCUCAUUCCAGGAAGGACUUCAAUGGCCCUGGAGAGGGUACAGAAGAUUUUUUGAUUUGGAACAAGAAGGCAGCGGGAGAGCACCAAAGGAUUUCCAGCGGGAAGACAUUUUGAGCUCUUGGGGGGGGGGCGGGGGGGAAAGAGAGGCCAGACUGCGCAGGCGCGUGACGUCAGCCUGUUGAACGCAAACAGUUUAAAAAGAAGGCAGCCAUGUCCGGCGGGCAGUGUUGGGAGCAGGCAGCGGAGUGAGAGGCAGCACUGUGAAAGGGCUUUGGCUCAAUGGGCUUCGGCGGUAACGGGACGAGGCGAGGCAGUUGUUGAUUGCAAAAGGAAGUAGUAUGUGUGUGAGGCUGGUUUUCUGUGGUCGGUGUCAGAUGUGGGAGGUCCUGGAGUCUCCUGGCAUCCCGGACGGCCAUAUCUGCACCCGGUGCAUCAAGAUGCAACUCCUAAGGGACCAUGUUAGGGAACUGGAGAUGCAGCUCGAUGACCUUCGUCUGGUCAGGGAGAGUGUGAAGGUGAUAGAGAGGAGUUACAGGCAGGUGGUCACUCCGGGGCCACAGGGGACAGAGAAAUGGGUCGCAGUCAGGAGAGGGAAGGGGAAGAGUCAGGCAUUAGAGAGUACUCCUGUGGCUGUACCCCUUGACAAUAAGUACUCCUGUUUGAGUACUGCCGGGGGAGGGGGGGGGACAGCCUACCUGGAGGCUGUGCCUCUGGCACAGAGUCUGGCCCUGUGGCUCAGAAGGGUAGGGAAAGGAAGAGGAAGGCAGUAGUGAUAGGGGACUCUAUAGUCAGGGGUUCAGCCGUGCGAUUUUGUGGACGCAGGAAAGAAACUCGGAUGGUAGUUUGCCUCCCAGGUGCCAGGGUCCGGGAUGUUCCUGAUCACGUCCAAGAUAUCGUACAGUGGGAGGGAGAACAGCCAGAGGUUGUGGUACAUAUUGGUACCAAUGACAUUGGUAUGAAAAGUGAAGAGGUCCUGAAAACAGACUACAGGGAGUUAGGAAGGAAGUUGAAAAGCAGAACCUCAAAGGUAGUGAUCUCGGGAUUACUGCCUGUGCCACGCGACAGUGAGAAGGGGAAUAGAAUGAGGUGGAGGAUAAAUACGUGGCUGACAGAAUGGAGAAGGCGGCAGGAUUCAGAUUUCUGGAUCAUUGGGACCUCUUUUGGGGCGGGUGUGACCUGUAAAAAAAACCGGACGGUUUGCCCUUGAAUCCCAGGGGGAGCAAUAUCCUGGCGGGCAGGUUUGAUACAGCUGUUGGGGAGGGUUUAAACUAGCUUGGCAGAGGGGUGGGAAUCAGAAUGUGUGCGCGCGGAUUAAGGUGGAAGGACAAGGGCAUGAUGCUAAGAGUUCUGAGUUGAUAAGGAAGGACAGAUAGGGGACAGAACAUAAUUGUAGCCAGUUAAAGGGGUUGAAAUGUGUCUAUUUCAAUGCUAGGAGUAUUAGGAACAAUGAUGAUGAACUUAGAGUAUGGAGUAGUAUAUGAAACAAUGAUGUUGUGACCGUUACUGAAACAUGGUUGGACGAAGGGCAGGAUUGGAUGAUGCAGGUCCCCGGGUUCAGGUGUUUCAAAAGGAAUAGGAUGGGAGGUAGAAAAGGUGGGGGAGUGGCAUUGCUGGUCAGGGAUAGUAUCACGGCUAUAGAAAGGGAGGACGCUGCAGAGGGAGUGUCCGCUGAGUCGGUCUGGGUGGAAGUCAGAAAUAGGAAGGGAUCAAUCACUGUGCUGGGAGUAGUCUAUAGGCCCCCAAAUAGCCCUCAGGACACCGAGGAGCCGAUAAGUAGGCAGAUUUUAGAAUGGUGCAGGAAAUACAGGGUAGUAGUUAUGGGUGAUUUCAACUUCUCUCAUAUUGACUAGCACCUCCUGAGUGCAAGUGGAAUAGAUGGGGCUGAAUGUGUCAGGUGUGUUCAAGAAGGAUCCCUGACACAGUACGUGGACCGGCCGAUGAGAGGAGAGGCUAUACUGGAUCUAGUUCUGGGUAAUGAACCUGGUCAGGUGACAGACCACUCGGUGGGGGAGUAUUUUGGUGAGAGUGACCACAACUCCCUUAGCUUCAGCAUAGCUAUGGAAUGGGAUAAAAUCAGAGGAAAUGGUAAAGUGCUUAACUGGGGAGGGGCUAUCUUUAAAGAGAUGAGGCAGGAACUAGCGAGAGUAAAUUGGAAACAGAUGUUCAAAGGGGAAAGCACGGAAGUAAUGUGGAGGAAGUUUAGGGACCACUUGAGCUGGGUUCAGGAUAGGUUUGUCCCACUGAGAGAAGGAAAAAAAUGGUAGGAAAAGGGAACCGUGGCUGACGAAAAAUGUGAGGCAACUCAUCAAGAGGAAAAAGGAAGCAUAUGUUAGAUAUAAGAGGCAGGUAGUAGGUGGGGCUCAUGAGAAAUAUAGGGUACCCAGGAAGAAGCUAAAGAAAGGACAGGAGAGCUCGACGGGGGCAUGAGAAGGCCUUGGCAUGUAGGAUUAAGGAGACCCCCAAUGCAUUCUAUGCGUAUGUGAAGAAUAGGAGGAUGAAGAGGACAAAGGUGGGACCGCUAAAGGAUAAAGAGGGCAACGUGUGCCUGGAGGUGAAGGACGUUGGGGAGGUCCUAAAUGAAUACUUUGCUUCAGUAUUCACAAGUGAAGAGGAUCUUGAUCAGGAUGAGGUUGAAGUAGAGCAGGCCUGUGUGCUGGACAAUGUGGAGAUUAAGGAAGAAGAAGUGUUGGAUCUUUUUAAAAACAUCAAAAUUGAUAAAUCCCCAGGGCCGGACAUGAUACACUCCAGGUUGUUGUGGGAAUUGAGAGAAGGGAUCCCCGGAGCAUUGGCUUUGAAUCCUCUUUGGCUGCAGGGAGAAACCUGGGAACUAUAGACCGGUGAGUCUUACAUCGGUGGUCUGCAAAGUACUGGAAAGGAUUCUUAAGGAUAGGAUCAACGAGCAUUUGGAAAAGUACAGUCUACUCCUGGAUAGUCAAUAAGGCUUUGUGAAGGGUAGAUCGUGCCUCACGAGCCUGAUUGAGUUUUUUGAAGAGGUAAUAAAAGAAAUUGAUGAGGGUAGGGCAGUGGAUGUGGUCUACAUGGACUUUAGCAAAGCAUUUGACAAGGUCCCUCACGACAGACUCAUCCAGAAAGUCAUGAGGCAUGGGAUCAGUGGAACCUUGGCUGUUUGGAUAAAAAACUGGCUUACAGGAAGAAAGCAGAGGUUAGUUGUGGAAGGAAAGUAUUCCGCCUGGAGGUCGGUGACUAGUGGAGUGCCGCAGGGAUCUGUCCUGGGACCCGUGCUAUUUGUGAUUUUUAUAAAAGACCUGGAUGUAGAGGCGGAAGGAUGGGUGAGUAAGUUUGUGGAUGACACGAAGAUUGGAGGAGUUGUGGAUGGAGCUUUAGGAUGUCUAAGGUUACAAGAGGAUAUAGACAGGCUGCAGAGUUGGGCAGAAAAAUGGCAGAUGGAGUUCAAUCCGGACAAGUGUGAGGUGAUGCAUUUUGGAAGGACAAACCAGGGGAUUGAGGACAGGAUUAAUGGUCAGUUACUUAAGAAUGUGGAUGAACAAAGGGACCUUGGGGUUCAAAUCCAUACAUCCCUCAAGGUCGCUGCACAGGUUGAUAGAGUAGUUAAGAAGGCCUAUGGGAUGCUAGGCUUCAUUUACGGGGGAUUGAGUUCAAGAGUAGAGAGGUCAUGUUGCAACUCUACAAAUCUCUGGUGAGACCGCACUUAGAGUAUUGUGUUCAGUUGUGGUCACCUCAUUAUAGGAAGGAUGUGGAAGCUAUGGAGAGGGUGCCGAGGAGAUUUACCGGAUGCGGCCUGGAUUCGAGGGCAUGAGCUGUAACAAGAGUUUGUAUGAACUCGGGUUGUUUUCUCUGGAGCGGCACAGGCUGGGGUGAGAGACAUCGAUAGAGAAGACAGACAAUAUUUUUAAUCCUGGUUACAAAUGUCUAAUACAAGAGGCCAUGUAUUUAAAGUGAGAGGGGGCAGUUUGAGGGGCAAGUGUUUUUAACAGAGAGAGUGGUGGGUUGCUAGGAUGUGCUUGCCGGGGUGAUGGUUCUGGCAGACACACUGGUGACUUCUAAGAGAUAUGUCAGUCAGCGCAUGAAUGUGAGGAACGUGUGGACAUUGAGUUGGCAGAAGGGGUUAGUUGGCCCUUUGAUUCCUAAUUUAAUUAGCUGAGCAAAACAUUUUGGGCCGAAGGGCCUGUUCUGCUGGCAUACUGUUCGAUGUUCUGUGUGUGUUGUCGAGAGGUUUCGGGGAGACGGAGGCAAAAGGAGUGAGUGGGGACAACAGAUCAGCUGGAGCCCAGUGUGGGAAAUGUGAGAUCACCCACUUCUGUAGGAGAAACAGAAACACUGAGUAUGAGUAAAUGUUGAGGGACUGAAGUGCACUGGGUAGGGAGGAAGGUAGAAGGUACAUUUUAUUUAUUUGUAAGAGAUAUUAGGUAUAAUAGUGAACAUGACUUUAACAAUUAUUUGUGCUUUGUUGAGAUUGUACCUGGAAUAUGGUGUAAAAUCCUGCUCCCCAUACUAACACAGGUUAUAUAGACCAAAGAACUAACUGCCGGAGGAACUCAGCGGGUCGGGCAGCAUCUGUGGAGGGAAAUGGACCGUCAACAUUUCGGGCUGAGACCCUCCCUCUGAACUGAGAGUGGACGGGAAAUAGAGAAAAGAGGUGAGGGGUGGGGAUGGGGCAAGAGCUGGGGAGUGAGAGGUGGAUCCAGGUGAGGUGGGAGGUGAGGAGGUGGAAAUAGUGACAGGGGUGGGAGGUGAGUGGUUGGGGCAACACGGGGCUGUAGAUGAUGGAAAUUAAUUCCGCAGAGGAUCAACAAAGAGGUUAGAGAGUAUUUGUUAUAGAGAGUGCAAUGAAGAUUCACCAGACUGAUCCCUGGGGUGGUGGGGUCAUCAUAAAGAAAGAUCAAAUGUGAUAACCCUUUCAUUUAGAGAAUCUAGGACUGAGAGUUGAACACAUUGAAAUGCAGAACAUCAUUAACAGUUGAACCAGGGAUCCCAGUCUCUGAAACAGGGAUGGACCGUCCGGGACUGAGAUGAGGGGAAAUGUCUCCACUCCGAGGGUGGUGAAUUUCUGUAACUCCCCACCACAGAGGGCGGUGAAGUCUCAGUGAUCGUCCUCACAUAAAACAGAGACCGGCGAUGUGUGGGGACCGAGGGGAUCGAGGAAAUGAGGAUCGGGCAGAAACAUGUGGCUGAGAUGGGAGAGCAGCCGCCAUCUUGUUGAUGGUUGGAGAGGCUGAAUGGCCACCUCCUGUAGUUUCUGGCUUGGUGUUUUAGUGUUCCUGUUCAAUGAGGCCGGGGAAGUGUGAAUAGAAACAUAGACUGAUUUAAAUAAAACCUGCACAAUUCUGGUUUGGUUCUAAAAUGUGUGCCGGACCGGGAUGGGGUUCAAACCCGGGGGGUGGAGGGAUGGGGACGGAGAAGAUGCAGAGGGAAAUUUUAAAAUAUAUCUAGUGUAAUUAUGAGAUGAUGUUUGAAAUGCGGUGAGGGGGGUCGGGCAGCGUGUGAGGGGCAAGGAGCGGAGUCACCGGGUCACGUGGGAGACCGUGCACCCGUGACGUGACCAGCGCGGCGCUGCAGCAUCUGUUCGUUUACGAGGCCCCGCCCACCGCGCUGAAGACCUCGCGCAUGCUCAGUGCGGGAAGGGAGUUCCGUUCUUUGUUCCAAUGGGCCGGCGGUGGGAUCGGGAUCUGCGAGGAUGGGGAGCCGGGGACGGAUUAUCCUCUGCCGGGCGACAGCAAGAAUUCCGCUUCGGGUUGCUACAUCGACCCCACUCCCGCCUCCUCCCGCUGUCAGACCCGUCCUGAGCCGGUGAGAGUUCAUGUGACCGGGCUGCGGCAGUCCCGCUCUACCCCGGCUCACCCGGCCCUGUCCAUCUGUAAUGAGCGGCGGACACAUCACAGCCGAGUGGCCUCGGGAGCAGCAGCUCAUACUCAACUCUCCGUACAGGGUGAGCACACCGGGGCAGGACCAUUGUUGGUCACUGUGGAAAUCGGACUGUGAUUUCCCGGGACCACAUUGAACGCCGGCCGGUUAAUCAUCAGAGAGCAGCAAAAACUGAUCACACCUGUCCUCAAAAUGGGUCAAGGUGCGAGCAGUGAAAAAGUUCCAGUGACAUCAACAUCGGGAAAGGACACGGAUCUGAGAGUGAUCACCGAGCUUCUGGCAAGCUGGGACAAUUCCCAGCUGCUGCGGUUGAUGGACUUCUACCGGGACAGUCUGGAGCAGGUGAUCGAAGGAAGGGUGCACGGAGUGAGCCUGGCGUUAACGGCCGAGAAUCAGUUCAGCGGAGAGGAACAUCGGAAAAUCUCUGAUCUCGCUGAUAAGGGAGAGCGGGCGGACAGUUCUAAACUCCUCCUGAGCCUGGUGAUGGAGAAAGGCUCCCGCGCCCGGAGAGUGAUGUGGGAAACCUUUGUGAAAAUGAGGAUUGGCGUCCCAGAUUUGGACAAAAUACUGAAGGAAAUACAGAUAUAUGGUUGUGAUUCUUCCCAUCGACCAAUUCCUGCUCAACUUUUACUAAAGGUUCUCAGAGCGCUGAAAGAUGUUCAACAGAUACACAAGGAGACUCUGCGGGCACAAACUGAAACACUGAGAGUGAACACGAUCCUGAUGAGGGAGAAGGUGAAGGUUUUCCAGCUGGUUGAUCGAUACGCUGAGCUCACGGUCAUUUCUACUGUUCGAGACCGGCUAAUGGUGGAACAUGAGCUGCUGGCAAGAGGCAGAGACCACGAGGAGUGGAGAGAAAAACAUCUCCGUGGACACCUGGAGAAACUCCAGAUGGAUCAGUUGUUCCAGAGCAGCUUUUCCCAAACUAACUCCAAAUCUGCGAUGUCCGCAGCAGUGGCCGGAGUCCAAGGGAUCGGGAAAACAACAAUGGUACAAAAGAUUGUUUAUGACUGGGCCGCGGGGAAAAUAUAUCAACAAUUCCAGUUUGUCUUCAGUUUCAAAUUCCGGGAUUUAAACUCCAUUAAUUGUAGAAUAAAUCUGAGGGAACUGGUUCUGGAUCAGUAUCCUUACUUUGGGAAUUUCCUGAGGAAGGUCUGGAAGAAUCCAGAGGGAUUGCUGUUUAUACUCGAUGGUUUGGAUGAAUUCAAACACAGAAUCGAUUUUGCUGACAGUCGGAGAGAUACAGAACCCAAGCACCAGUGUCCAGAUCCCGAGUGGUGGUGUGAAGUGUCUGACAUUGUGUACAGUUUAAUCCAGGGCAAGCUGCUCCCAGGGUGUUCAGUGCUGGUGACCACCCGGCCCACUGCGUUACAUUUAUUGGAAAAGGCUAAGAUCAGUGUCUGGGCUGAAAUCCUGGGAUUUGUUGGUGAGGAACGGAAGGAAUAUUUCAUCAGACAUUUUGAAGAUCAGACGGUGGCGGAAGCUGUUUUCAAACACGUGGUGGAGAACGAGAUCCUGUACACCAUGAGCUACAACCCCUCCUACUGCUGGAUCCUCGCUCUGACACUGGGCCCCUUCUUCACACAAAGAGUCAGGGACCUGCACCGAGUUCCCAAGACCAUCACCCAACUGUACUCCUACUAUAUUUACAACAUCCUGAAAAACCACGGCCGUGAGAUUGAGAACCCCCAUGAUGUUUUGCUCAGGGUUGGUCAGAUGGCCUUCAGAGGAGUGUACGAGAGGAAGAUUGUGUUUACAGGUGGAGAUUUGAUCAGCUACAAUCUGCAGCCUUCCCAGUUCCUGUCCGGGUUCCUGAUGGAGCUUUUGGAGAGAGAUGAUUCUGCCCGGAGCGUGGUGUACACAUUCCCACACCUCACCAUCCAAGAGUUUGUAGCUGCAGUCGCACAAUUCCUGAAUCCACAUCCCGGGGAUAUCCUGAAAUUCCUCACUGGAGCCCACAAUACCACAGAUGGGCGGUUUGAGGUAUUUCUCCGUUUUGUAGCUGGUCUCUCCAACCCAAUGACAGCGCGGGGUCUGGAGGAGUUUCUGGGUCCAUUUCCUCAUCAAACAACCUGCCGGGUGAUUGACUGGGUGAAGGAGGAGGUUAAACGCCAGAGUGGAAACACAUGGAGUGAAGCUGGUAAAAGGAGCCUCCUGAACACAUUGCACUACCUGUUUGAGUCUCAGAAUCGUCCACUGGCUCAGGCCGCACUGGGAUCUGUGAAAACACUUUCAUUCAGUGGAAUGACACUGACCCCGAUUGACUGUGCGGUCCUGUCUCAUGUCAUCGGACUCUGUGAUACAAUAAAACACCUCGACCUGGGGAACUGCCACAUUCAGUGUGAAGGAAUCCAGCGGCUGGGACCCGGGCUGCACAAGUGCCAGGAGUUGAGACUUGGGCGGAAUGAACAGGGAGAUUCAGGAGUGAAACUGGUGUCUGCGGCUCUGAGGAACCCGGAGUGUAAAAUACAGAAACUGUGGUUGAGGGAUGUCGGUCUCACAGAUUCUGGUGCCGAGGAUCUCGUCUCCGCUCUCAGUACAAACCCAUCACUGACGGAGCUGAUCCUGAGUGGUAAUAAACUGGGAGAUUCAGGAGUGAAACUGGUGUCUGGGGCUCUGAGGAACCCGGAGUGUAAAAUACAGAAACUGGGGCUGGAGAGAGUCGGUCUCACAGAUUCUGGUGCCGAGGAUCUCGUCUCCGCUCUCAGUACAAACCCAUCACUGACUUGGCUGAACCUGAGAUCAAACUCGCUGACAGACCGAUCUGUCCCCGCUCUCCGCCGCCUCAUACUGACCCUCCCGAGUCUGGAGUGGAUCGUGCUGGGGGGGAAUUGGUUCAGUGAGACCGGGAUGAAGGAACUGAGAUCUCUACAGGAACCCAGACCCGGACUGACAGUGUGGAUCUGAACAUCUGAAUGUGGGGAAUCGGUUCAGUGAGACCGGGAUGAAGGAACUGAGAUCUCUGGAGGAAGUCAGACCCGGACUGAGAGUGGAUCUGUGAACAUCUGAAUGUGGUGAAUCGGUUCAGUGAGACCGGGAUGAAGGAACUGAGAUCUCUACAGGAACCCAGACCCGGACUGAUGGUGGAUCUGAACAUCUGAAUGUGGUGAAUCGGUUCAGUGAGACCGGGAGGAAGGAACUGAGAUCUCUACAGGAACCCAGACCCGGACUGAUGGUGGAUCUGAACAUCUGAAUGUGGUGAAUCGGUUCAGUGAGACCGGGAUGAAGGAACUGAGAUCUCUACAGGAACCCAGACCCGGACUGAGAGUGGAUCUGUGAACAUCUGAAUGUGGUGAAUUGGUUCAGUGAGACCGGGAUGAAGGAACUGAGAUCUCUACAGGAACCCAGACCCGGACUGAUGGUGGAUCUGUGGACAUUUGGCCGAUUCCACGCCCUCCCCUUUAACCCUAACCCUAUCUGGAACUGAGAUCUCUCCGGGGAGUCAGACCCGGACUGAUGGUGGAUCUGUGAUCCUGUGAACAUCCCCGCCCGCGGGAUGGGGACAUUUGGCCGACUCCCCGCCCUCCCCUUUAACUCCCGCCCUUACCUUUAAUGGCCGCGCGCCGGGGCUGAUUCCCAACGGUUUUAACGGAAACGGCUCGGGCCUCGCGCUGUGUGCGUCGCUCGCAGCGGUCCCGCAGUGACGUGUUUCCGCCUGUUGUCCGGCGGGGCAGCAUCCGCCGGAAGUGCGUGUUGGAGACUCCCCACGUGGCACCACGGGGAAUUACCCGGACAGGAAGAGCCCGGGGUCCGGGGCUCAGUCUGGGACACCGGUGUCCCGGGGUGGGGGGGAUGGUCCCGGGAGAGAAUCCUUUUGCCCCCUUUGCUGAGGACGGUGCAUUCGGCAGCCUGGCCGAUAUAAUGAUGUUAAAUGGACAAAUCCCUCGGCAGUGACCCUGGAUCUGCAGCGAUCCCGGACACGGCCCUGAAGUGUGAUUUUAUAAUCAUCGGUUCCCCGAUGCAGAGUGACGGUGAGAAACGGGACUGAUUAUUCAACCGGUCACUCCUUGUCUCCGGUCAGUUAAUUGUGUGUGACUGUGAGUGAGUCGGGAGCAGCUUAUUUAUUCCCGCACGUCAGCAGCUCACACAUUGUUUCAUUUACAUUUGUAAAUUUACUCACACCCGGGACCAGACACAGAGAGAAUUGUCCUCCACACCGGCCCAUCACACAGUCCCGGGGUAGACACAGAGUGAAUCUCCCUCCACACCGUCAAAUCACACACUCCCGGGGUCAGACACAGAGUGAAUCUCCCUCCACACCGGCCCAUCACACACUCCCGGGGUCAGACACAGAGUGAAUCUCCCUCCACACCGACCCAUCACACACUCCCGGGGUCAGAAACAGAGUGAAUCUCCCUCCGCACCGUCCCAUCACACACUCCCGGGGUCAGACACAGAGUGAAUCUCCCUCCACACCGUCCCAUCACACACUCCCGGGGUCAGACACAGAGUGAAUCUCCCUCCACACCGUCCCAUCACACACACCCGGGGUCAGAAACAGAGUGAAUCUCCCUCCGCACCGUCCCAUCACACACUCCCGGGACCAGACACAGAGUGAAUCUCCCAUCACACCGUCCCAUCACACACUCCAGGGGUCAGACACUGAGUGAAUCUCCCUCCACACUCUCCCGGGUUCAGACACAGAGUGAAUCUCCCCCCACACCGUCCCAUCACACACUCCCGGGGACAGACACAGAGUGAAUCUCCCUCCAAACCAAACCAUCACACACUCCCGGGGUCAGACACAGUGAAUCUCCCUCCUCACCGUCCCAUCACACACUCCCGGGGUCGGACAGAGUGAAUCUCCCUCCACACUGUCCCAUCACACACUCCCGGGGUCAGACACAGAGUGAAUCUCCCUCCACACCGUCCCAUCACACACUCACGGGGUCAGACACAGAGUGAAUCUCCCUCCACACUGUCCCAUCACUCACUCCCGGGGUCAGACACAGAGUGAAUCUCCCUCCACACCGUCCCAUCACACAAUCCCGGAGUCAGACACAGAGUGAAUCUCGCUCCGCACGGUCACAUCACACACUCCCGGGGUCGGACACAGAGUGAAUCUCCCUCCACACCGGCCCAUCACACACUCCCGGGUUCAGACACAGAGUGAAUCUCCCUCCACACCGUCCCAUCACACACUCCCUGGGUCAGACACAGAGUGAAUCUCCCUCCAUACCGUCCCAUCGCACACUCCCGGGGUCAGACACAGAGUUAAUCUCCCUCCACACCGUCCCAUCACACACUCCCGGGGUCAGAAAGAGAGUGAAUCUCCCUCCACACCGUCAAAUCACACACUCCCGGGGUCAGACACAGAGAGAAUUGUCCUCCACACCGGCCCAUCACACACUCCCGGGGUCAGACACAGAGAGAAUUGUCCUCCACACCGUCAAAUCACACACUCCCGGGGUCAGACACAGAGAGAAUUGUCCUCCACACCGUCCCAUCUCACACUCCCGGGGUCGGACACAGAGUGAAUCUCCCUCCACACCGUCCCAUCACACACUCCCGGGGUCAGACACAGAGUGAAUCUCCCUCCACACCGUCCCAUCACACACUCCCGGGGUCAGACACAGUGAAUCUCCCUCCUCACCGUCACAUCACACAUUCCCGGGGUCGGACAGAGUGAAUCUCCCUCCACACCGUCCCAUCACACACUCCCGGGGUCAGACACAGAGUGAAUCUCCCUCCACACCGUCCCAUCACACACUCACGGGGUCAGACACAGAGUGAAUCUCCCUCCACACUGUCCCAUCACACACUCCCGGGGUCAGACACAGAGUGAAUCUCACCCCGCACCGUCCCAUCACACACUCCCAGGGUCAGACACAGAGUUAAUCUCCCUCCACACCGUCCCAUCACACACUCCCGGGGUCAGACACAGAGUGAAUCUCCCUCCACACUGUCCCAUCACACACUUGCAAUGCCAAACACACAGUGAAGCUCCGUCUGCACCAUUCCAUCACUCAAUGAAUUCCACCCUGCAAAGUCGCAUUUCAAGGAAGCAUUCACCAUCAAUUUGCGGGAGACUCCCGGAACUCCCAGGAGAGGUGGGAUGUCUGCAAGAGAGUAGCUCCUUAGCGGUCAGCCAGCUAGUUUAAAUAGCGUUAGCUAUGCGAAUGAACGAAUGACACCCGUUAAACUCACCUGAACAGUGAUUUAACCCCCCCACGGGCAAUAGAAAAGUCACUGUUGCAAACAGUGCAGCGAGCAAUACUGUCAUUAUUCCUGACCCCUAUUAGGCAGGGGAACACUUCAGUGUAGUCUGUGGUGAAGUACGUUUUGUAUUUUCUUUUUUUAUAUAUACUCUGCCAUGGAGCGCUCCCUCCCUCUCCCUCCACCUCUCAAAAAAUCGAUUUGCGGGAGAUUGUAUAUAAUUCGCGGGCGUCAGGGAGCCGCUAUCAAUAUGCGGGAGACUCCCGGAACUUCCGGGAGAGGUGGGAUGUCCAACGCUUCACUUGAAAUGGCCGCUGGGGAGGGAGUGACGGCUUUGGUAGAAGUGAGCGCAAGAGAGGGAGGGACGCGCUGAUUUAAAAUGGGCGAAUCCUUGGUUAAUGUGUCCGCCAGGGAUGGAGUGAGACAUUGACUUACAAUGGCCACUGUCACGCACAGCAUCUAUGGCGAAGGAACAUGCGGUGUCCAUGGAUACAAUCCCGGGAUCGAGUGUGUUAUUGAUUGUAAUAACAGCAUUUUAAUUUGUGUUUUAUAUUGUUUUGGGUGUUGUACAUAUGUAUUAAGUCCAAUAAUUUUGUCAUUGAAUAAACUAAUGUAUAUAUCUCA